AUGGUGCUACCUGUCGUUGUGUUUGUACUAAUGCUACUCUUAACUGAUGUAGUCUCAACGCACUUCAUCGUUGAGACUCUUCCUGGAUUUGAUGGACAACUUCCAUUUAAACUUGAAACAGGUUAUAUUGGUGUUGGAGAAGAGGAAAAAUUGCAGUUAUUUUACUUUUUUGUAGAAUCUGAGAGGGACCCACAAAAUGAUCCUCUCAUGAUUUGGCUCACUGGAGGUCCUGGUUGCUCUGGUCUAUCUACCUUUCUAUAUGAAUUUGGCCCUUUAACCUUUGAUUAUGCAAAUUCUAGUGGAAAUUUCCCUAAAUUGGAGUUGAACUUACAUUCUUGGACCAAGGUGGCAAACAUAAUAUUUAUAGACCAACCUGUUGGCACUGGAUACUCAUAUGCAAAGACUUCAGAAGCUUAUAACUCCAAUGAUACCCUCUCAGCAACUCUAACUUAUGACUUCCUUAGAAAGUGGCUUAUGGAUCAUCCCGAGUAUCUCAAGAAUCCACUAUAUGUUGGUGGUGAAUCGUAUGCAGGCAUUUAUAUUCCAUUGGUUACUCGCAAAAUAUAUGAUGGUGUUGAAGUUGGUGAUGAGCCUCAAAUGAAUAUCAAAGGAUAUAUACAAGGCAAUGCUCUAACAGAUACAUACAUUGCCGUGAAUAGUAGAGUCAAAUAUGCUUAUCAUAUGGGACUUAUUUCAGAUAAGAUCUACCAGUCCGCUAAAGCAAAUUGCAAUGGGAAUUACGUUGACAUUGAUCCGAAUAACAUAUUAUGUCUAAAUAAUCUUCAGAAAGUAAAAAAGUGUCUCAACAACAUUCGAAGCCAUCAUAUUUUAGAAAAUUGGUGUGAUCUUUCAUUUUUAAGGAGCAAUGUCCACUCAGGACCAUGGUGUCGAGAAAAUAAUUACAUAUACUCAAAGAUUUGGGCAAACGAUAAAGCUGUCCAGAAAGCACUAAACGUCCGUGAGGGAACAAUAUUGGAGUGGUUGCGAUGCAAUAACAGCAUGAGAUACAGCGCUCGUGAAAGUAUGAAUAGAUCUGGGUCAUAUGUGUUUGAUAUCCAAACUUCAAUUGAUGAUCAUCGUCAUCUCAUUAGCAAAUCCUGUCGAGCUCUAAUUUAUAGUGGUGACCAUGACAUGACUAUUUCUCAUGUGAGCACUGAAGAAUGGAUAGACACUUUGAAAUUGCCAAUUGUAGAUGAUUGGGAGCCUUGGUUUGUUGAAGAUCAAGUUGCAGGAUACAAGGUGAAGUAUCUACAAAAUGAUUAUGAGUUGACAUAUGCAACUGUUAAGGGUGCGGGUCAUACAGCUCCUGAAUACAAGCCUCGACAAUGCUUGCCUAUGGUUGAUAGGUGGUUUUCUGGUGACCCUCUUUAAUUUCAACUUUUCAAGACGUAAAUGUAAUCAUUUGUUUCUUUCCAUCGACAUAAGUAAGCGUGUGUGUUCUGUAAUCUUGACAUGUAAAAUAAGUAUGUAUGAAUUGAGGUUGACGUUUUUUAUAUUUG